AUGUUAAACCUUUUUCUUUGGUGGCUUGCAGGAGUUGCGUGUCUGUUCAGAGCAGCCGAGUGCACUCUGCCAAGUCCAGCCAAAGUAUGGAACAAUGUCGAAUACCAGAAGCUGAUUGAUGUUAAACAUGCCUACAUCAACGAGGCAGUGGAAUUGACGAUAGAGAAUAUCAGUGGAGAGCCCGUCGACGAGUAUUAUUUCGCUCUGCAGGAAAAUGUUUAUGACAAGGUUUCUUUGUUUGCCGUUAAACUAGGUGACAAGAAUGUGUUUCUCAACUCUUCAUUGCAUCCAGGUAAAUCCGAGCUGGAGGAUGGCACAAUGGUCGGUUACGGAUUGGUUAAGUUUCCAAGCCCCAUCGCACCAAAUGAAAGAGUAUCUAUCAGUGUUCGUAUAUCGCACAAUGCCUUCGGCAUACCUCAUCCAAGUCGCAUUUCUAUUGCAGAAGAGCAAAGCCUGCUGUUGAGAACUCCAAGACUACCAUUCUCCGCCUAUUUUACGAAGAAGGGAAACUUAAAAGUUAUCGGAAGCCCUAGAUUCGGCGAGCUAGAUGCAGUCGAUGAUAGCUCUUUGAAUGGUAAAGAGAUUGAAGGAGGCCUCUCAUUUGGUUCCUGGAAAGACGUUGAGCCCCUCGAAACAAAGUACGAACUAAAACUUGUUUACAGUCACAACCUUCCUAUCAUAGAAGCCAGCAGGCUGAAGAGAGACGUCUGGGUCUCUCAUUGGGCCUCUACUAUUCAAUUUGAGGAAUAUUACGAAAUCAUUAAUCAUUCCGCAGAGUUGGAUAAGGGCUUCUCAAGGUUAGAGCUUAUGAAAGACCAACGGGGUAUGAAGCUCAGCCACUAUUGCUCGGUACUGGAAAUGAACUUGCCUGAGCAGUCCACCGACCACUACUACACAGAUCUAGUUGGCAAAGUGUCAACAUCUCGGGUACUUGGAGAUCACUUCUAUUUGAAACCUAGAUACCCUUUGUUUGGUGGCUGGAAGUAUAAUUUCACGAUUGGUUGGACAAACAAACUUUCGAACUUUUUGCAUAAGCAAAGGAUGGCUCAGGACACUUAUAUCCUCUCGAUCCCGCUACUAAACGGCCCAACUGAUACGAUGUACAACGAGGUUGAACUUUCCGUUUUGCUACCCGAAGGUGCUCAAGUUUUGGCCGUUGAUCCGCCGAUACCUUUUAUUGAUAUUGGGGUUACAAACCAAAGAUCCUACCUUGACUUGAAUACUGGACACGUUAAAGUCACUUGCAAUUUCAAGAAUCUGAUUGAUGAAAUUGGUAAUGGUCAGGUCUUGGUGAAAUAUAGAUAUGAUACUAACUCCCUCUACAAGAAGCCGCUAUCUAUUGCGUUAUACAUCUUCGUUGCAUUGAUGAGUUUUUUCCUACUCAGAAGCUUCAAUCUAAGCAUGGAUAAGAACUGA